CAAUGCGAAAUUUAAAUUUUAAGAUUUCUGGCAAGUGCUAAGCACGUGGAUGAGUUUUCUGUUUACAUAAUAUCGACUGUUGGUACAUUUUCAUAACAGUGUGGAUGUAAUUGAUUUUAAUAAACCUUAAAAUGUGCGGUUAUUAAUAUUCCAGUAUGGACGAAGAACCGCAAGGCGACGUAGAUGUGCUUACUCAGACUACAAGACUUCUGAAUGAAAUUAACACAAGUAUAGUACAAGCAAAGGAGCCUAUAAUCAAGAUCAAUCAAGAGCAAAAACUAUCGGAGGGAAUUAGUCUUUUAGAUGUCAAGUAUCACACACUGUUGAGUUAUCUUGAAGACCUAACCAACAUUAUAUUGCAAAAAUGCCAAUUCAAAUCCAUUCAAGGCGAUUUGUCAAUCGAUCGACUUGUGGAAAGUAGAACUGUGUUGGAACGUAUCAGGCCGUUGGAGUUCAAAAUUAAGUAUCAAAUAGAAAAACUUGUCAAGACCGCCGUGUCCGGAAAUGUCGAUCCCAACGACCCUAAUAGGUUCCGUGCUUCUAUCGAUGGUUUAGGAGACGCCGAAGAUGAAGAAGAAGAUUUAGAAUCUGACGAUGAAAGUAACGAUGUGAAGGCAUCGAGAAAAUCUAAGGAUGGAGUCUAUGUAGCACCUAAAGUAACAGCGGUCCCUUACGAUGGUGAUGAAUCACACGCAGAUAAAAAACAAAAACUGUUAGAAAGAGCUAAAAAGAGAGCGUUACAGAGCUCUGUAAUUCAGGAAUUGAGAGAAGAAUAUGCCGACACUCCCGUAGAAGUACAAAUCAAUUCUGUUGGCUUGAAAAACAAACAGUCAAAGUAUGAUUACGAAAGACAAAAAUACGAGGAAGAUUACUUUACAAGGUUGCCAGUUACUAAGAAGGAUAAGCAUAGAGCGAAACAAUUAUCGUCUAUAACUCUAGGAAAAUUAGGAAAAGAAGUUACGCACUUUGAAGAUACUUCGGCUCUUGGUGGAAAUUUCAAAGAGAAAAGCGGCAAUAAAAGAAAAAAGAAAUUCAAAGGUAAAAAAGGGUUGAAGAAAAAGAGAAAAUUUUAAUUCCUUGAAUACUGUAUUGACAAUAUUUUAAUCUUAAGUGGUUUUUAAAUUUGUAAAAUAUAUUGAUAACAAUUAUAAUGUCAUUUAA